AUGGCCAUUCAAUCCGAUAGUGUUGGGGCUAUACAGCCCGAGGCAAGACGCGAGGAUGAGCCAACGAAAGACUCGAGCUCAAUUGGACAAGGAGAUGUCAUUUCUCUCGAUCAAGUAGAUUUGGCGCUCGCUGCUAAAAUGAACCUUGUCAAUGAUACAAUCGAUACAAUUGGAUUCACACGCUACCAUGCGAAGCUUUUUUUUCUCAAUGGGUUUGGCUACGGAGUCGAUUCUUUACUGCUGUUCCUCAUGAGUAUUUCGGCCGAACAAGUUGUCGCGCAAUAUCCCCCGAAAUUUACAAGAGGUGCACAACUCGGCUUCUAUUUGGCACUGUUAGUUGGAGCUUUGUUCUGGGGUACUACAGCAGAUGUAAUCGGGCGCAAAUGGGCCUUCAAUUUCUCUCUGUUGAUCAGUGCAAUCUUCGCCAUAACUGCCGGGGCUGCCCCCAAUUAUGCCGUAUGGGCAACCUUUGUUGCAAUCUCGGCCUUUGGAUCUGGUGGAAAUUUGGUGCUUGAUACAACUGUCUUCUUGGAAUACCUGCCAUCUAACAAGCAAUGGCUCCUGACUCUUUUAGCUGGAUGGUGGGGUGUAGGGCAAACGGUAGCCGGUCUUGUGGCGUGGGGAUUUAUGGCAAAUUACAGUUGCCCUACAGAUGGCUCUGCCCCGUGCAAUAAUUCAAACAAUAUGGGCUGGCGAUACCUAUUCUACACCUGCGGAGUUCUCGUCUUCAUCUUGAGCAUCGCUCGAGUUCUCGUCAUACGCUUUCACGAGACACCAAAGUUCCUUCUUUGUCAAGGGGAUGACGAGGGUGUCGUCAGAACACUUCAAGAUCUGGCACAGAAACAUGGUCGAGUAUGCAACCUAACGAUUGACCGGCUUGAAAGCUGUGGUCGAAUUAAUACCGCUCAUGCACAAAGCAAAGCCUCCUUCUCCGAGGUGAUUCUACAUAUCCGACAAUUAUUCGCGACUCAGAAGAUGGCAUUCUCAACAUCCUUAGUAUGGAUUUCUUGGGCAUUCAUCGGCCUCGGAUAUGCAUUGUACUAUGUUUACCUACCGGAAUACCUAGCAUCUCGGGAUGCAUCUACGGGCGAGUCAUCUCAAUACUUGACCUGGAGGAACUAUGCGAUUACGAAUCUAUGUGCAAUCCCAGGCCCCAUAAUCGCAGCGGGGAUGUGCGAAGUGCCUUUCCUGGGAAGAAAGCGGACAAUGGCAUUCGGAGCGUUCGCUACAAUGGCAUUUUUCUUCGGUUACACAUCUGUGCGCACAAGCGCAGAAAAUCUUGGAUUCUCAUGUGCGAUUUCGGUUACCAUUAACAUAUACUACGCGACUUUGUACGCUUACACAGUCGAGAUUCUACCCUCAGCGCAUCGAGGAACUGGUAACGGUAUAGCUGUUGCAUUGAAUCGGUUGAUGGGAAUGGUAUCUGCCCUCAUCGGAGCAUUUACAUCAACCUCAAGUUCAAUUCCCAUUUAUCAGAGCGUACACAAAGAAGUGUUAAACGGUGAAUAG